AUCACUGUAAUGGCAAGGCAACGAGUGUAAACAAACUGGUCGGGUAAACACCGUGGCUACUAACAUGCGGACGUUACAAGCCCAAAACGUUUUAACAGCUAGGUAGCUAGUUAGCUAUCUCUUAUCGGGGUUGUUUUAAUAGGGUAUCCCGCAGAAAUGGACACAGGAGGAUUCCAGGCACAAAGUAUGCGACGGAGGGACCUCCCGCCUCUUCCACAGGGUGGACAGCGUGCCCUGCCCCCCAUGUCAAGUCAAGAUACAGGUGACGAGAUGCUGGUCCCUAAAAUCAAGAGGAAGAAGUCGAAGAGUCAGGUGGAUGGUGUUGAAAGCCCAGAGGCAGACUCAGGGAUGGAGAUGGCCCAGGUGGGGGGUCUGAGCAGUCGCAGGUCAUCUGAGGUCAUCCAGGCCUUGACCCCCGAUUCGCCGAAAGCUGCACCACAGAGAAGGAAGAAGAAGAAAAAGGCAGCGACCAUAGACAUGGAGGAUGACCAGGCUGACCUGGUGAACGGGGAUGGACUGGUCCAGAACACAGCAGAGGCAGGGGAAGAAGUGACCAAAAAACCCAAGAGGAAGAAGAAGCCGAAAGUGUCAGAGACACAGUACGUCAACGAGCUUCAUGUAGAGGACGAUGACAUCAUCACAGACGCUCAGCCACCCGUCCCCCGGCAUUCCCUGUUCUCUGCUCCCCUGGGACAGAGCCAGCCUGUGGGGAAGGUGUUUGUCGAGAGGAGCAAGAGGUUUCAAGCGGCCGAUCGGUCAGACAGACCGAAGUCCAGCGAUCAGGUGGACAACUUCGUGGACAUCCAGCAAAUGUGGACCACCAAGGAUGUGUCUGUUAGGGUACAUGGUGGCUUCAGGGGGGUUGGGCUGUUCUGCCACGGCUUCCUAGCAGGCUAUGCAGUGUGGAACAUCAUAGUGAUCUAUGCCCUGGCAGGAAAACAUCUCACUACUCUGCCUAACCUACUGCAGCAGUACCACAGCCUGGCCUACCCUGCACAGUCUCUCUUCUACCUGCUACUGGCUAUAAGCACCGUGUCAGCCUUUGACAGGGUGAAUCUGGCCAAAGGCGCCAUGGCUAUGAGAGAGUUUGUCACCCUGGACCCAGUUGCUCUAGCCUCUUUUUUGUACUUCUCAUCUCUGGUCCUCUCUCUCAGCCAGCAGAUGACCAGUGACCGCAUCAACCUGUACCCCAGUGCUAACGAGACCUUAUGGCCUCCUGGGUCAGAGCACCAGAUCCUGAACCCGUGGAUCAUAGUGAACCUGGUGGUGGCUGUGCUGGUAGGAAUGGCCUGGAUCUUCAUCUCCACUAGGCCUGAGAUGGACUACACCGAAGGAUUCCUAAUGGCUAUGGAGAUCGAGUCCUUGAGACCAGAGGAGAAAUCAGAAAUGUCUACUUGAGGAAUAGUAUUUCCAUUUUUUUCUUGCACAUCUUGUUUUGUGCUGUAUUUUAUCAGCCAACACAAAAUGUACACCUUGUUUGUGGUAAUAAGCAGUUUAUUUUUGUAUGACCCAAAUGUGUGUUUGUUUUGUCAAAUGUAUUGAUUACCGUUGGAAAUAAUAAAAAUGUUAUCCCACUGA